AUGGCGGGCUGGUGGCGGGCGCUGCGGCGCGCGGCCCGGCGCCACCCGUGGCCCACGAACGUGCUGCUCUACGCCGCGCUCUUCUCGGCCGGCGACGCGCUGCAGCAGCGGCUGCGGGGCGGCCCGGCCGACUGGCGGCAGACGCGGCGCGUGGCCACCGUGGCCGUGACCUUCCACGGCAACUUCAACUACGUGUGGCUGCGCCUGCUGGAGCGCGCGCUGCCCGGCCGCGCGCCGCGCGCCGUCCUGGCCAAGGUGCUGUGCGACCAGGCGUUCGGCGGGCCCGUGGCGCUCGCGGCCUUCUACGCAGGUAUGAGUAUUCUCCAAGGAGAGGAUGACAUAUUUUUGGACCUGAAACAGAAAUUCUGGAAUACAUAUAAGACUGGACUGAUAUACUGGCCUUUUGUGCAGCUGAUCAACUUCAGCCUUGUUCCAGUUCACUGGAGAACAGCUUACACUGGACUCUGUGGUUUCCUCUGGGCCACCUUCCUUUGCUUUUCAAAACAGAGUGGCGAUGGCACAUUGAAGUCAGUUUUCACCUUCCUUCAUGUAAAGGAGGCCAACGCAGUUGAGAGGCCCCCAGAGAAAUGAGAAGCCAAUGACUUCCUGAAAGUGACUAAUUUUUUAUCUUUAAAUGCAGUGGAUUUCCUGCAGAUAAAAUGCUCUACUACCAGUUAUGGGCUCCAUUUUGAAGAAUUACUAUUCCAUAGACCCAGUCAUUUCUUAAUUAUCAAUGAGUACUUUAAAUUUUAUUCAAACCUCCUUUUUUUUUCAUUCUAGUCUGAAAGUAUUAUUUCUCUAGUAUUUCCACUUCUUUAAUACUUUGGUUCAUACCAAUAACAAUGGCAAAAUGGCACUUUAUAAUUAUUACUAUUUCUAUUCUAAUAUUUUAAUGCCAGUUGAUUUAAGAACCCCCUGCUUUGAUUGUAUACAUCUGUCUUCUAAAAUCUCAGGUUAUCUUCUAAACAAUUUUGUGUCAAAUUACCUUCUCUACCAGAAAUAGUCCUUAUAGUAAAUUUCUGUUUAUACAGAAUUCGAUCAAGGAGAGGAUUGAAUAGCCAAAUUUUUUUCCCCAAAAUACUGUAUAAUAAUUUAUUGUUAUGCUGAUAUUGAAGUUCUGUAAGUACAUUUUAUAUCAUCAAAAAAAUAAGUGUAUGAUCAGUGUGCCCUGCAUAGAAUGUAUUUUAUUAAUGUCUUCUGCUUUUAUGUCUAAAUUAAGUAUGUUUUAGUUAAUAUUUUUUAGUUUUGAGCAUAUUCAGUUGACUAAAGCACCCCAUUUCCUAGACAUACAAAAUAUACAAAAUAUUUGGCUUCUUAAAAAAAUAUGUUCAGUGAAAUUUCUAAAAUUAACAAUUUUUCUUCCUCUGGAAGGAAGAAUUCUACUCUUAGGGUUCCAGGGAAAAUACAGUUAUGUGCCACAUAAUGACGUCUCUGUCAAUGACAGACCGCAUGUAUGAUGGCAAUCCCUUAAGAUUAGUACCACAUAGCCUAGGUGUGUAGUAGGCUGCACCAUCCAGGUUUGUGUAAGUAUAUUCUAUGAUGUUCGCACAACGACAAAAUCGCCUAACGACGCUUGUCUCAGAAUGUAUCUCCGUCCUUAGUGACGUGUGACUGUAGUUACCCGAAAAUUUCACAUUGAUGUUAUAUUCUUAAAAAUCAAUGCUUUAAAAUAAAUCUUUAUAGGUAAUCUUAAGGUAGACGUGAGAAACUUGCAGUCUUUCUAGCCUUUCAGAUUUACUGAUGUCUAACUGCAAAACCAGUGGGUUUAAAAAUUACAUGCAUAUCUCAAGAAGUUUCAGCAAGUUUCACCUUAGAUUUGCACCACAAUUCUGUUGCUUCCAGUGGAGGAUUUCAUAAAUUUAAAGAUGUGAAGCACUGAAAUGUUAAUAAAUUUAUCUUUAGAAUUUAUAGGUAAGAUUAAUUUAAGAAUAUAUACCUAAAAAUUUUAAGCGUAUAAUUUAUAUAACUUGUAAUAUAAAUUUAUAUGUCAUAAAUAUAUAACUUCUAAGUAUAUGAUUUAUUUGAAUUUCAUAGGUAUUAAUAUAUUUUAUGUUAUUGGGACAAUCGUAAGGAAAUUUCUAGAUAGUUUAAUUCUAAAAUAAUUUGUUAUUUGCAUUGUUUUAACAGUAGUGCAGAAAACAGAAAAGCUAUUUCACAAUACGUAAGACAAAUUUUGUUGUUAAAAAAGUCUGUCCAGAGAAACGAUAGUAGAUACUACCUGGCUAUCUUUUAGAUGAGCUUCAAGUUACUUUUCUGAUGAAAGAAUAGUGUUUGCAUUUUGUAUAAAAGUAAUUGGGAAAACAGAUCUUGCUUAUACUGUCAAGGGGAAAACUUAUUAUUCAUAAAAAAGAUGAUAAUCUUUACUCAGUGUGUUACUCUGUACUUCAGAGAAUAUAUAGCAUGUACUCUCUGAAUUUUUGCAAAUGGUACACUUUUAAUUUUUAUGCAAGAGUACUUUUGUGUUUUAGUGUGAGAAAUGGUACUUAUUCCAAGUAAUGCAAUGUUUGUUUUAAAAUGAUGCCGUCCUUGGUAAAAUACACUCUAGACCUUCCAGGGUUUAGAACCAAGCACGUGGCCCCCACUCUUCCUCCAGAUUCCCCUGUUUUCUAAGGUUUUUUUAUCUUGGUCGUAUGCUGCCCCGCCAUUUUCUUCUGGCCCCGUGAUUACUCAGGCAAAGGCAAAACCUAUAAUUCAUUUCCCUUAACAAAGUUGAGACAGACUGCAUUUUCAAAUAACUUUACCUAAUAUAUGUAGAAAACAAAAGGGAAAUUUGGAGGCUGUCAAAAGCAUUUUUUAAAAAAAGCUUACAGAAUACCAAUUUCUGAUCCUCUCAUACUUAGCUUGAACUCAGGGAUCUCGGAUCCUGUCCCAGGGCCAGACAUUAGGGGUAUUUACCCUGUAGCUCUAAGGGCAUCUUCCCAGCAUUCCUUCUUUCCUGACUCCCUGUCACUGUAUGAAAAUACCCUUGGCAUCCACCACCAGGGAGCUGUCUUCUUGACCCUGCGACCAUUAAAAUCAAGAGAGCCCGAGUCCUGUCCUUUUGGACUCCUGGUUUCCAUUUCCAGUCUGAGAGAUAGGCCUCUUACCCAGAUAACUGAAAAGUGAUUUCUCAAUUCAAGGGAGAUCUUUCCUUCUGUACAAAUUGAUGUGAACACCCUGUGGUCCACCAGUGUAACCACAGUAGAUAAAAUAGCCGUAACCCUAACCCUCAUAUAAAUAAUCAACAGAUGUUAUUAAAUGGGCAGUGCAGGGAUGUAAAGAGGAUAAACAACAUGGCCAUAACAGUGUUGAAGGAAGUUCAUGGUCUAGUUGGGAGUGUAAGUAAGAAAAAUGAUAAUCAGGUUCUUAGGAUGUCUAAUCAAAAUUCAUCAUUCAGUGCUUGAACAGCGUCUGUGACAAGUGAUCAAUAGAAAGCUUGCCUAUUACUCAAGUAAUGCCACUCAGCCAUAGGUUAUUGGCAUAAGCAGUAGGUACUUUGAAAUCAUGGUGCCCUGGGUAAUCUAGGAAGGCUUCGUGAAGGAGACGCCUGAGCUGGGUCUCCAAGGAUGGAAAGUCACAAGACUCUAAAGGUCUGUGAACUCGAGUGGUGAUGGUAGGAUCCAGUGAGAUGAGAUGAGCUCUUGAAAGAGAGAGCAAAGAGAAAGAAAAGGCAUUUAAGUUCUAGCAUAAAGAGAAAUUUCCAUUGAUCAUUCCUCAACUUUGAAUAAUGUAGAUGCUUCUAUCCAGCUCACUUGUGAUUAAAAAUCAUGCAUAAUUUGCAACUUAUCAGUCUUUUUCAUUUGUAGGAAAAUUAAUAAAAGUUAUUCUCUUUUAUCUAUAUCACAGUUGGUUUGGUGAGAGAGCAUUAGGCAAUGUGAAAGUUUGCAUGUAUUUAAAAUUUUCUGAUACCAAGUUUGAGGGUGGUGUGUGAAAAUAUUUUCCUCAAAAUCUGUUCAGUAAGGUGAUUGAUUCAGUGGACAAAGUAAUUAGUUAUUUGCCCACCAAACAGUCAGUGAAAUUUGGCAUUAAGGGGUUCAUACAAAUGAGGAGUGCUUUAGGAAAACUUUACUUUAUUUGUCUUGAGGCUGUUUGGGCCAGAAUAAUAAAAAUAUUUAAUGAAUGCAGGGGAUUACAGCUACUAAAAGAUAUAGUGCAAAGAGGAAAACAUUUUCACAUUCUAGUACUUCAUUACUAUUUGUAAUUUUGGUUUUUAAUAUUUUGAAGAAAAUUUUGUUUUAUUUCUUUCACAAUAAAACCUAUAGAUAGAGAUUUAACUGUGAUAUUUCAGGUUGUAUCUAAAUAGGACCUCCAGAUCAACUACGUUAACCACAACCCACCAAAUUAAAUGUCAACAGUCUCUUUAAUUGAGGUAGAUUACCCAGAACUACAAUUUCUGACUCAUCUGUCAUUGCUAUAUACUUUAUUUGUUUACUGUUUUUUCUUCCAAGGACCAUCAUCCUUUAGGAUUCAUUCGAAGCUAUCGAAAAAUAUUUUUUGCUGUGUGGGCAGUUUACUUUUAGUUUAGUGGAAUUUUAUGUGAAUUUCUGCAGAGUGUUUGCCAAAACCAAUUAUAUCCGGAAUAUGCUUAACAAUAUAUUCUGGAGACAGCUCUCGUUUGAAAUUAGGUUCAUCUUCUGAAAGUAUUAGAAAGUUAAUGGAUUUUUGUGCCUGAAGGUUUUGACCUUGCAUUGGCUACAUUUAAUGCAGUUUUACCCGUAAUGUUUAGAAUCUAAAGGAACCAAAUCACAGAAAAUGCAAUUUAAAAACUAUUGAAAAUUUUUCUUUUAAUACUGUCAACGGCCAAUAAGUGAAAGGGGAAAUCUGGGGUUUCAAGAUAUAGUAUGUAUUUGGAGUUUUAAGAUAAAGAACAGAUGAAGAGCUGUGAACAGUAGCCAAACAGGUGAAUAGAAGAGAAUGAUUAAUAAUUGAGUCACUUUUUGGGCAUAUGUCAAGUAAAGGAUGAUCUUUUUUCUGGUUCUCUUCCCCUUUGUAAGUCUGUCUUUCCUUAAACAAAUCUUUAAUCAUCCGUAUCUUCCUUCCUCUUUCUCUGUCGAAUGGUCGUAUCAAACUCCCUUCUGUUGCUCACCCGCCGCCCCCACCAUGACCACCCAAACACUCCAGUGAGGCAGAAUAAUUGUGAUGAGGUUAGAGACCAGAGCAUUUAAGUGACAUGACAGCCAUACUUUAGAGAGAGGGUAGCAGAGACCCCUUCUUGGGUCUCUUAUUCUCUCUGGUGGAAUAAAGGGAGCAGCACCAGUCCUAGGGAGAAUUUUGAAGUGAGUGAACAUUUUGGAGGCAGCUUCCAUGUGAAAUUAGGUUCGUCUUCUGAAAGUAUUAGAAAGUUAAUGGAUUCUUGUGUCUGAAGAUUACUGUUUUUUCUUCCAAGGACCACCAUCUUGAGUUUUCCCUUUCUUAUCUGAGACCCUCCUUCCUCUAGGUGUCCUUUCCUGUCAUUCUCUCUGGCUGUAGUGCUAGAUCUUCCAAAUUAGUUCUCAUUUCUUUUCCUCGCCUCUCAAAACUCCCAUUCUCUUCAUGUGGCUGAUUUCAGCUGGAUGUUAGAAAAGUAGGUUUAUUAAGCUAAUGUACUGAGAUGUGGAUGACAGCCUUUCCAGCUGAGUUGUUUUUUUUUUUUUUUUUUUUUAAUUAGUAGCACAAGCCACUCUGGAUAGAACUUCAGGAACUGUUGCUUGGGGGGAGGGGGUGGAGAGAAGAGGGUGUAUUUUUGGCAGAAGAUGUCUGGUACGCUUUAUGUUAUGCCGUCCACUUCCCGUUGGAUUCAAACCAGUUGGGCAAAGAUCAUUGCAAUGUACUCAACUUGCCAGAAUGGGUGAUCAUUAUCUGUUUGCAUAUUUGUAUUCCCUACCAGACUGCGAGCCUCUAGAGGGAAGAAUAUAUUUCUUAUUCAUAUUUGCAUCUGAAAUGUCCAGCACAGCCUCCAGCACGUAGCAGAAACUCUGUAACACUGUUGAAUGAAUUAACAUGGUUUGUGGAUUUCUUGUCUGUUGCUUUUUGCCUCUUGACUGAUGCUAAGUCUGGAUAGAUGGUCCUUUCGUUUUCAUCCCCAUAAGCAGGCAGCUGUCCUGUCUUAAGCUCAGCACAGCCCAGACUUUCACCUAUUCUAGCCCAAGGCCCAGAAAAUUAUGUUUUCUUGGGGAUGGUUAUGACGUGUGGGCUUUGGUUCCCCUGGCCCAGCUUGCACAUAUCCCUCAGUAAACCAUCUCUUCACCGCUCUCCCCAGCUCCACAAGACUAGCUUGUUUGUCUUUGAGAAUUGAGUGGAAUCAUGCUAGUUGGGCUUUCCCUACACCGCAAAUAGCCCUUGGUGAUGAUUGAUUUUAUGUGUCAAUUUGACUGUGUAACGGAGUACCCAGAUAUUUGGUUAAACGUUUUUCUAAGUGUUUUUCUGAAGGUGUUUUUUGGAUUGAGAUUAACAUUUAAAUUGGUAGACCGAGUCAAGCAAAUUACUCUCCCUAAUGUGGGUGGGCCUCAUGCAAUCACUUCAGGGCCUGAAUAGAACAAAAAGCCUGACCCUCUCCUAAGUAAGAGAAUUCUUCCUGCCUGACUGCCUUCAAUCUGGAACAUCAACUUUUUUCCUACCUUUGAACUCGAACCGAAACGUGGGCUCUUCCUGGGUGUGGAGCCUGCUGGCCUUUAGAUGAGAACUACACCAUCAGCUCUCCUGGUUCUCAGGCCUUCAGACUCACUCUGGGACUAAACCAUCGGCUCUCCUGGGUCUCCAGGUUGCUGAGUCACCCUGCAGACCUCCGGACUUGCUUCCGUAAUCACAUGAGCCAGUUCCUUAUAAUAAAUCUCUUUCUCUCUGUACGUCCUGUUGGUUCUGUUUCUCUGGAGAGCUCUGAAUAAUACACCCUUGUUUAUGAGUGCUAAUAUUUUGUAGUUUGUGGUUAUCUGUGGGCGGUGACCACCAGCGCACAACUGUCACAGAAUUACACUUAACAUUACUUUCUGGGACCCCUGAAAUCAUAACACAUAGGUGGUCAUCCAUUCCUACCCCACAGCCUCUCUUUAGGACAACAAAUCUAUAGGACCUGAAAAUGGAAAUUCAGCCAGGUAGCCAGAUAAUUGCCAAAUAAUGGAGGCGACUACAUUGUCACCCUAGGUUGACAGAGGAUGGAAUAUGUAUGUUGUGAAUUCUGUGAAUGUAGGGGGCUGAGGUUUGAUUCCGGUUAGAUUUCAAGCCCUUUUGGAUCUGAGCUGUUACAGUGUUUGAUGAUGCUUCUUAGUGAAGGACUUGGUCAAUGUGACUGGUGCUCUUCCUCUACACUGAGGUCAAGUAGUCGGUCAAACACUGGCUGUGUCUCUAUAUUGCCUUUUUUACAUUUGUGAUGAAGAACUGUAUUUGUUCAUUUUCUACUACUUGUGUCAGUGUCCUCUCCUUCUAAGCCAUGGAGCUAGAAUGCUCUUUUUGUAUUUUGGAGGGAAAGUGUUGUAAAAGCAACACCAGUUGCUUCAUUUUUAAAUUUAAAUUUUAUGUAUAAAAUGUGUCUGUUAAAUUUUUGGUGUAAUGUGAUUUAGUGUAUAUGAAAAAUAAAUGAAUUUUAGUUAAGUA